GCGGCGCGUCACUUCCGGGAGCGCGGAGCUCGUAAAACACCCUGGAGAGAAAAUGGCGGCCUCGGCGGCGGCGGCGGCCUCGGCGCCCCAGCAGCUGUCGGACGAGGAGCUGUUCGCGCAGCUGCGCCGCUACGGCUUGUCGCCGGGCCCGGUGACGGAGAGCACGCGGCCGGUGUACCUCAAGAAGCUCAAGAAGCUUCGCGACGAGGAGCCGCCGCCGCCGCCGCCGCAGCCGCAGCCGCCGCAGCCGCACCGGGCGGGGGCCCGCGGCGCCAGGACGCGGGGCGGCAGCAACAAUGCGGCGGCGAUGGCGGCCCGGCCCGGCCCCGGAGACCUCCCGUUCGCGCGGACGCCCGCGGGCCCAGGCCGCCUGGCCGCCCCGGCUCCCGACAGCCCCGCGGGGACACCCGGGGCCGCCAAGGUGCUGCUGGGCUUCAGCUCGGACGAGUCGGACGUGGAGGCCGGCGGGGGCGGCGGCGGGGGCGGCGGGGGCGGCGCGCGGAGGGACCGGGCCGCGCUCCACCACCGCGGGCUCCGGCCGGCCCCGGCCCCGGCCCCGGCCCCGGCCCCGGCCCCGGGCGACGGCAGCGGCCUCCCGGGCGAGCGCAGGAAGCCGCAGUCGUGGUGGGGAGCGCGGCGGCCGGGGCCGUCGGAAGCGCAGCCGCCGCCGGGCAGCGAGGCAGCGGCGCCGCCCGGGGACGAGGAGCGCGGCGCGGACGGCGGCGCCCGGGACCCCGACGCCUGCGAGCCGCUGUGGGCGAGCCCGCGGGCGGUGAACGGCGGCAGGCUCCUCCCGUCCGGCCGCCGGGAGCACUACUCGGACUCGGAGGAGGACGACGAGGGCGACGGGGACGCCGGGGGCGACGGGGACGGCGAGGACGGCGACCGCGACGGCGCCCCCGGCAGACCGGGCGCCAGGGACGAGCCCGCGCCCGCCCGCCACCGGCCCAGACGCGGCCACGCCAAGUCGUUGUCGGCGCUCAUCGCGGCCAAGUGUGGCGCGCAGCCUCUCGCCGGGGCCGGGCCGGCGCUCGGCGACAGGGGUCGGCUAGGCUGGGGCCGGAGCGCCGAGGGGGCGGCGGCCGAGCCGGGGCCGGGCUGCGAGCCGCUGGACCCGGGCCCGCUUCCCCGGCACCGGGCUGGCGCCAAGAAGCCGGCCCCGCUCGCGGCCCCCGACGUGGACCCUGCAGCCCCCGAGUCGCCCGCGGCUGCCCUGCUCAAAGCCAAUAACCACCUGGGCGGCGGCGCCUUGGCCGCAGACGCCCCCGGGGCCUACGCCGGCAGCCUCCCCGCCAGUGCGGCCCCCGCGGCGCCCAGGCUCAACCACGCCAACCACACGGGCUCCAACCACACCUACCUGAAGAACGCCCGCGGCAAGCCGAAGCUCUGCGAGCCCGAGGAGGAGCUCCUCCUGCAGUUUAAACGGGAAGAGGCGUCCCCGACGGGGGGCUUCAGCGCGCACUACCUGUCCAUGUCCCUCCUGACUGCUGCCUGCCUCUUCUUCCUCAUCCUGGGACUGACUUACCUGGGGAUGAGAGGGACGGGAGUGCCCGAGGAUGGAGGACUCAUAAAAAACCCCUUUGAUGAAACAUUUGGAAAAAUGCAAGAAAGUGAGAGAAAUCUUGUGAUGAGCACACUGUACAGACUUCAUGACCGAUUGGCCCAGCUUGCAGGAGAUCAUGAGUGUGGCAGUUCCAGUCAAAGGAUGCUCUCUGCCCAAGAAGCAGCUGUGUACUUAAAGGAUUUAGAUCCUGCGUAUGAAGAUGUAUUUAAUACUUCAUUGCUGUGGAUUUUAAAAAAUGGGAAAGAUGUUGGCAUAAGGUGUAUUGGUCUUGGGCCUGAGGAAGAGCUGACAGACAUAACUGAUGUGCAGUUUUUACAGUCCACCAGGCCCCAGAUGUCUUUCUGGUGUCGUUUCCGACGAGCUUUCGUCACUGUGGCCCACAGGCUGUUGUUGCUGUGCUUAGGUGUAGUGAUGGUUUGUGUUGUUCUCCGUUACAUGAAAUACCGCUGGACUAAGGAGGAAGAGGAAACAAGGCAGAUGUAUGAUAUGGUGGUAAAGAUUAUAGAUGUUUUACGAAGUCAUAAUGAAGCUUGCCAGGAAAAUAAAGAUUUACAACCGUAUAUGCCUAUUCCACAUGUUCGAGAUUCCUUAAUACAGCCCCAUGACAGGAAAAAGAUGAAGAAAGUCUGGGAUCGAGCCGUUGACUUCCUUGCUGCUAAUGAAUCUAGAGUACGCACAGAAACACGAAGAAUAGGAGGUGCAGAUUUUCUGGUCUGGCGGUGGAUCCAGCCUUCUGCAUCCUGUGAUAAGAUACUAGUAAUACCUUCUAAAGUAUGGCAAGGCCAAGCAUUUCAUUUAGAUAGAAGAAAUUCACCACCAAACAGUUUGACACCAUGUUUAAAGAUUCGAAAUAUGUUUGAUCCAGUUAUGGAAAUAGGAGAUCAAUGGCAUUUGGCAAUUCAAGAAGCAAUUUUAGAAAAAUGCAGCGAUAAUGAUGGCAUUGUUCAUAUUGCAGUAGACAAAAACUCGCGUGAGGGUUGUGUGUAUGUUAAAUGUCUGUCUCCGGAAUAUGCUGGAAAGGCUUUUAAAGCAUUGCAUGGCUCUUGGUUUGAUGGGAAGUUGGUUACAGUGAAAUACUUACGGCUAGAUAGAUACCACCACCGCUUUCCCCACGCUCUUACGUGCAACACUCCCUUGAAGCCAUCAAAUAAACACAUGAGCUCUAUGUCACACCUGCGCCUUCGGACUGGCCUGGCCAAUUCUCAAGGGAGUUCCUGACUUUAUUUAAACAGGAAAAGUUCCUGUUUGGCCUCCCGUCUUCCUUUUAAAGUGCUUUUUGUCUGUAAUAUUUUUAUUGCUGAGGACAGCUGUUUGAAGGUCGCAAAGGGAUUUAGCAGAGCGGCCACAGUGCUGAGUGGGCCGAAAGACUGGUUUCUUCCACUCUGGGGCUCAGUUGAACCACUGCACUUGAAAAGUUGUGCACAAGGAGCGCUGUCUUCAUAUGAAGCCUUUCAGGGAUGGUGGUUGUAGUUUUGCACCAAGAAGUGAUUGGAUAACCACACAAAAGCAUAGCGAAGCAGCCUUUUAUAUUUCCAUAAUUUCUCGUGAACUAAUGUGAAUUUUUGUAUACAGUCAGCUGCAUAGUUCCUUACAGGCUACUAUGGUAAAGCUGUUCAUUUCCCACUUUAACCUUAGGUUUCUGUUGCUUGUAAAAGGUUCAUUUGCUGCAGCUGGAAUAUGGGGAAAUUUAUUUGGUUUUAAUGGUUUCAUACAUGUGUAAGUGGAUGUAUAUGUACCUAAACGGCUUUUGUAUAUAUGUAUAAAUGCUGAUGGUAGUAAAAGUCUUGUUUUGUGAGAAUGUCUGCAUUAGCAGUACAAUAAGCUUUCUAUUUUAUUCAUUAUCUAAUUUGUGUAUAUAUGUAUGUACAUAGCUGUGUGUUUAUGUACAUACGUAGUUGUACAUAUGUACAUAUACACACAGAUAUAUACAUAUGGCUGUACUGUCAUAGAUGAUCAAACAGCCAAAUACCUGGAAGUAUUAGAUACAUGUUUAAAAUACCUUUUAUAGAUUUUAUAUAAAAAUGCCUGAGUAUGAUUUUGUGUGAAAGUUCUGGCACCAGUUGUAAUGAGUUCAAAUUUAUGUGAGCAAUAAAGAAGCAAUUGGCAGAUACUGGAAAAGUAUUUUGUGAAAAGCUGUAUUUAUUAUAAAUGCUGGGGCUAUAACAUACUUGGUGUUGGGAGUAUGUCAUUUUCCCAGUCUGUUUAUAGCUCCUGUUCUAUGUUCAGUGUAGAGCAGGCAUGUUGUUGCAGCAAAAUGUGUUGUACAAAUUAUCCUUGGAAUGUUGGGCCAUGAAAGUUUGCAAUGUAGAACAUGCACAAAUGACCAUUGGUUUGUGUGUCAGUGUUUGUUUCAGUAAAGCUACUUUAUCAUUGCUUAUGAUUUCAGAUCAAAACAGUUACUUGAUCAAGGGUUAUGUGUGACCUAAAAAUUGGCUUUUUGAAACACAACCCUCUGGAUAUAUCAUUGUUGGUCCAAAUGAGUAUGCGAAACAGCCGGAAUUACCAAUUGCAAUACUUGUUUAAGUUCAGCCUUCUUUUUGUUGUAUAUGUGUUGGGUUUGCAGCAUGAACUUGCACAGAUAUGCACGUUUUCUGCUUAGUAAACAUGAUGCACACUAUUCUGUAAGAAAACCCUUUGUGCCUUACCUGUGUGCUUCUGUGGGCACCAUGUUUAUGAAGAAUACAUGUUUGUUAUCAGAAGAGAGUGAAUGUUAAAUUCUCAAUUUAUGUCUCAGAUGCUAACGUGUUAAAGUAUAAAUAUAUAAUAUAUAAGUAACUAGUCUUUCUGUAUUUUAUGUGCAUCAUAGUGAUUUAUUUGAGCUUAGUGACCCCAUCUUGUAACCUGUUGCAAGAGUGAAUGUAAAAAAUCGUUGUGACGUCUUAACAGGUCACCUUUAGAUGCGGGAUGCAUCUUCUUCUUGCUUCUAAGAUGUAUUUCAUGUAAACAUUGUACAUUUAUUACUGUAAUAUAUACUAUUAUGCAUCUUAUUUUACCUGGUACUCUUUAAGCUGACCAAGAGUCCUCCCUAGAAGACAGAUGGGAAUGUGUAUAAUAAUUAGGCAUUAUUUGAAAAGUUCUGGUUCGAUGUAAUCUGUUUUUUUUUUUUUUUUUUUUUUUUUUUUUUUUGUUCUGUUUAAAAAAAGAAGGAAAACAUUCUAAUUAAAAAUUUAUUAGGUUUUUUAAAA